GCUGGAUGCCCUGAGCGAAGGUAGGAAGGGCCGAGUGGGGGAAGCUCGAUCGACUCGUUCUUGGUCCUACGAACUUAUUUCUCCUCCUUUGCCAUUCUUCGCCCACCACGACCAUGACCCCUCGAUUCCCCAUAGUCUCUCGUUUGACGGUCGCGGAUUACCUGUCUCUGCUCUAGCACUUCCACUGCUCUUCCACCAUCCAAUUCGACUUCUGGCUCCCUCGUCCUGGAGCGUCGUCGCCAUUGGCGAAUACGACCGGUUGGAGCUUCUCCCCAAGUUGCCUCCGUCCACAACGAGAGAAUUCUCUCAAUUCCGCCUCUGCCAACGCGCAUUUGUUGGCAGACGUGUCUACGAUCCCCUCCUAAUACUGUAUCAUUAUCACCUACACAAAAUCACUGAUCGAAGAUGGACACUGCGCGGCGCUCAUCAAGGGCCGCUCGGUCGAGCCAACCUCUACAAACGAACCCACACCAUUCCUCCGCCUCCUCAAACUCCUCUGGUCGUGCCGAACGAGCUACACGAUCGAAUCCCAAAGCCGACUCUCCUACCAAAUCCACGCCCUCGGGCUCGUUAUCGUCAGAACCUCCCGAUGAUGCCAUCGCGACCCCCGCUGAGGACUCCGUCCAAACACGUCGGAAGCGCGGUCGUGGCGACGACAAAGACAAGGCUGCCAAACCUUCUACAGCCCAAAUAGAAAGUACGAAUGGCAUUGAAGAGAAUGCCGACGACGACGAGGCCGUCCGUUGCAUUUGCGGCUUCGACGAGUACCCAGGCCCACCACAACUUGGGGAGGAAGAUAGCAAGCAAGGCAUAAAAGAUGGCAUUGAGGAGCCCAUAAUCUUAGUCGCUGAUAUCACAGAAGACGGUGCCGGGUUUUUCCUGCAAUGCGACGUUUGCAAAGUCUGGCAGCACGGAUAUUGUGUGGGAAUCAUGAACGAAGACAUGAGCCCAGACGAAUAUUUCUGUGAAGAAUGUCGGAAGGACUUGCACAAGAUCUUUGCAGCACCAAACGGGUAUGUUCCUUUCUCAAUGGUUUGAGAAUCCCAAAUAAACUUCAGAAUCCGAUCGCUUUCAGCCCCAUGCGAGCAGGUGGCGCAGAUUGGGUCUCACAAGGCUGUCUGCAAUGAAUCCCACCAAAUAGCCACAAUGAACACCAUUUUCAAUCAGAAUAAACCCGGAAAAUCUGCUAAUAUGAUGGGACGUAGGCAACGUUAUUCCCAUUACCUUCCUUUGUACCAGAGCUUGUCGCAGACAACCUCGCGAGCCAACUCCUUUUCUAAAGAUGGCACCAAAUCCCCACGGGGUAGCAAAAGCGGGCGCCCCUCUUCAAGCCUUCAGAGCGCAAAACGGCGAUCUACAAUGAAUAGUAGGGAUGCCGCAUAUGAUGAAGAGGAACAAUUGCGCCGAGCGAUAGAGGCUAGUAAAGGAGAGAAGAGCGGGGAAAGUACUGAUGGUGGAACUGUUGUAACGACAACACGGCGGGAGAAACGAGGCCGUAGCGAUAGCGAGGAGUAAGCGCAAUUCAGUUCCAAUCAUACUUGUCGAACUCGGCACUAAUAAUUGUACAGGAAACCAGAGGGUCCCAAGCGUCAGAGAACGCUAUCACCGUCCCCUUCGCCAGUACAAGAACCGCAACAGACACCCAAAGCGGAAUCCGACGAUGGUAUCAAUGGACGUCCAAUCGGUGCAAAGAAGAUCAGAGGGGCUGCUGCUCGAAAUCAUAGAGAGAAGGAAAUGAGGGAGGAGCGUGAAAAGUCGAGGCAAGAAGCGGCCAAUAAGAGGAAAGGCCGUGCUGAACGACGAAGGAUUGAAGGUAGGCGCAGAAUUUUGGUUCCAGAAGACACCCGCUUACGUUUUGAAACCGUAGAUUCAGAACCUUCGGAAGAUAUACCACUUGCUGCGGUACGGGCAACCAUAACAAAAGUACCGGAAGUUGUCCCUGAACCUAUAGAACCGCCAGUAGUUCUCGAGCCUCCAGUUCCUGAUACUCCACCACCGGCAGUACAACCACCAACGUCACACAGAAAAGGUGGCAGGCCACCAAACUCGCGGAAAGGAAAACUGGGUAAAAAUCAGUAUACCAAAGACCGCGACUUACAAGAAGGAGACAACCAUUCUCCUCAAAGAUCACAAUCUAGGGACGUGCCGAGAGGAGAUGAAACACCCCAGACUUCUGGAAAUAAAGGAUCACAUAAUGAAGGCGGGGGAAAAUCAGCAAAAUCCAAGAGUGCCAAUAGUAAAAUCUCAAUAGGAGAUAUGAGGAAACGAGUCACCGCAAUACUCGAUUACAUCUCACGAAUACAAGUCGAGAUGGCGGGCGAGUCAAUGUCUCCGGGAAGCGCAGAAGCGGCGGAGACAACGAUUCGGGGGAUCGCAGAUGGGCUGCCGAUGAUUAAAGUUAAUGGGGAUAGUAAAGCGAAUGGGGAUACUAAAGUGAAUGGGAAUGCGAAUUCAAUAACCGAGGGCGAUGAAAGCUCCAAAAAGGAGUUCAAAGAUCUUUCAUGUUUGGAGAUGAUGGAUGUUCUUACGAGGCAACUUGUUAAGUGGCAGAAUCAACAUGCAUGAUUCUGUUUCGUUCUUUCUUUCUUUUUUAUAUUUUUUUCUUGUAUACAAUCGACAUGCUUGGGGCGCAAGAAGUGAAGCGUUGUGGUGGAUGAGGAUUAUCUCUGGGAACCGGAAUUUGGAAUCGGACAUUUUUGGUAAAUACCUUUUUUUUAUUAUGUUAUUUACAGCAACAUAUGGACUAUGGAUCAGGGCAGGGGGUUUGGUUUGUGUGUUUUUUUUAUUUGCUAUACUUUCUUCUCCUUUAUUUUUGAGGGAAUCACGUUACUGCUUUUUUUUUUUGGGAUCCUGGCCAAAGCAGGCGAAUGGGGUUUACUACUUACACAUUUGGGGAGAGAUGGAAAUUGGAAGGCACGCAUGUUAUGUUAUGUUCAUGGAGGGGAAAUGAAGAUCCGAAAGCGGAGGGAUGGGAUGGAAUGGUAUGAGAUGGGAUGCGAUGAUUGGUUUGGUUGGAUUGGAUUACUACCUACCUACUUACUACUUUGUUGGGGGUUUCGUUGUUGUAUGGAGGGGGGAGGAUUUGCUAUUGCUUAUACCCUAUUUUAUUUUGAGAUUUUGAGAUUUUAUGGACC